UAAAAAGAAAAAAAAAACUUAUUAUUUUUAUAUAAUUUUAUCCUAGAUAGAAAUAAAUUUUAAAAAUUUUAAAAUAUAUUAUGGAAAAUUUAUUAGAAAAUGAUUUUUUAAAUACUUGUAUCUAAUUAGUUCAUAACAUAUUAUUGUAUUUGAUCCACCAAAUCUUAAUUCUAAAAAUUAAAAAUUAAUGUAUAGAGGUAUUUUAGUAACUAUAUCACUCAUAGGACUUAUUAGAAUAUAAAAAAAUAAUUUAAAUUAAGUGAAACAUAAGUAAGACUUAUUGAAAUAUAAAAAAAUAAUUUAAACUAAAUGAAACGUGAAUAGGUGAAGGAGAUUUACAAAUAAAUAUCAUUUUUUUGGUUAUCAAACUAGGUCUUUUUUUUUUUUUUUUUCAAACACAAACCAAACAUGGUCUCCAGCCUCCAGGGAGGACUCGAAUCCCAGAAGUAGUGCUCUUAAAUCCAACCAAUGCUCGAUGUGGUUUUCAGUAACUGGCGGUGGUUUACGAAUUCUGCGCUACUGCCUUCUUUCUCUUCCACCUGUCCGCUUUCGUGCUCUAGCUAUCAUGGACAGCACCAUCAGCAACAGGACCUCUUCUUUCUCCGCUUUCGCUCAUUCCGGCAGAAGUGGGGGUAGAGGAAGGGGCUUCGAGUUGAAAGACAAUCGUGAGAGGUCAGGAGGCCGUGGCGGUGGAAGCAGCGGUGGUGGUUCUGGCAAGGACAAAAUUGACGCUCUUGGAAGGCUCAUGACACGGAUUUUGCGACAUAUGGCUUCUGAGUUGAACUUGAAUAUGAGAAGUGAUGGGUAUGUCAGGGUUCAAGAUCUUCUGAAGCUGAAUUUGAAAACUUUUGCUAACAUUCCACUAAGAGCUCACACAGUUGAUGAUAUUAGGGAGGCUGUCAGAAGGGACAAUAAACAGCGGUUUAGCCUUCUGGAAGACAAUGGGGAGCUUUUAAUACGUGCAAACCAAGGGCACUCAAUAGUGACUGUUGAAACUGAAAGCUUAUUAAAACCAAUCCUUUCAGCUGAAGAAGUUCCAGUGUGUGUCCAUGGGACCUAUAAGAAGUUUUUGGAAUCAAUAUUGGAGCAAGGUAUCAAGCGAAUGAAAAGACUGCACGUUCACUUCUCUUGUGGCUUGCCAAUGGAUGGUGAAGUAAUUAGUGGUAUGAGACGGGAUGUCAACGUUUUGAUAUUUCUUGACGUGAAAAAAGCUUUGGAAGAGGGAAUGAAGCUUUAUAUUUCAGACAACGAGGUGGUCUUGACUGAAGGUUUUGAUGGUGUUGUACCAGUGAAGUACUUUGCAAAGAUAGAAUCAUGGCCAGAUAGACAAGCCAUACCCUUUUAGACUUGGAUCAUAUCUGGACUAUUUGUUUCUCCUUUUUUGUUUUUAUGUUUAAAUAUU